AUGAGUGUAACCUUCGAAAAGACAUUCAGAAGGGAUGCAUUAAUUGAAAUAGAGAAAAAAUAUCAAAAACAAUGGGCAGAAGAAAAAUUAUUCGAAGUUGAUGCACCAACUUUUGAAGAAUGUCCUAUUGAAAAUGUUGAAGAAGUUAGAGAAAAAUAUCCUAAAUUUUUUAGUACUAUGGCUUAUCCUUAUAUGAAUGGGGUUUUACAUGCUGGUCAUGCUUUUACAUUAUCAAAAGUUGAAUUUGCAACGGGGUUUGAAAGAAUGAAUGGUAAAAGAGCAUUAUUUCCAUUAGGUUUUCAUUGUACUGGUAUGCCAAUAAAAGCAGCAGCAGAUAAAAUUAAAAGAGAAGUUGAAUUAUUUGGAAAAGAUUUUUCAGGAGCACCAUCUGAAGAUGAAGAAGAAGAUGAUGAACCAGUAAAGAAGGAAGAAAAUAAAAAGGCAGAUUUAACUAAAUUUAGUUCUAAAAAAUCAAAAGCUGCUGCAAAAACUGGAAGAGCUAAAUUUCAAUUUGAAAUAAUGUUACAAUUAGGUAUUCCAAGAGAUGAAGUUUAUAAAUUUGCAAAUAGUGAUCAUUGGUUAAAAUUUUUCCCACCUUUAUGUCAAAAAGAUGUUACUGCUUUUGGUGCAAGAGUUGAUUGGAGACGUUCAAUGAUUACAACUGAUGCUAAUCCAUAUUAUGAUGCAUUUGUUAGGUGGCAAAUUAAUAGAUUAAGAGAUUGUGGUAAAAUCAAAUUUGGUGAAAGAUAUACAAUUUAUUCAGAAAAAGAUGGUCAAGCUUGUUUAGAUCACGAUAGACAAUCAGGUGAAGGAGUAACUCCUCAAGAAUAUGUUGGAAUUAAAAUUAAAGUUGAUGAAUUUGCUCCUGAAGCUGCAGAGGUUUUAAAAAACAAUAACGUUGAUACAAGUAAUAAAAAGAUUUACCUUGUUGCUGCAACUUUGAGACCUGAAACAAUGUAUGGACAAACAUGUUGUUUCGUUAGUCCUAAAAUUGAUUAUGGUUUAUUUGAUGCUGGUAAUGGUGAAUAUUUUAUAACAACUGAACGUGCAUUUAAAAACAUGUCAUUUCAAAAUUUAUCUCCAAAAAGAGGUUACUAUAAACCAAUUGUUACAUUGAAUGGUAGAACUUUAAUUGGAUCUAAAAUCACUGCUCCUUUAGCUCAAUUGAAAGAUUUAAGAGUUCUACCUAUGGAAACUGUAAAAGCAACAAAGGGUACUGGAGUUGUAACAUGUGUACCAUCAGAUUCUCCAGAUGAUUUUAUAACCACAAAAGAUCUUGCAAAUAAACCAGAAUAUUAUAAAAUUGAAAAAGAUUGGGUUAAAACUGAAACUAUUCCAUUAAUUCAUACUGAAAAAUAUGGUGAUAAAUGUGCUGAAUUUUUAGUUAAACAAUUAAAAAUUCAAUCACCAAAAGAUUCAAUUCCAUUAGCUGAAGCAAAAGAAUUAGCUUAUAAAGAAGGUUAUUAUAAUGGUACUAUGAUUAUUGGUAAAUAUAAAGGUGAAAAAGUUGAAGAUGCAAAACCAAAAGUUAAAGCUGAUUUGAUAGAUUCUGGUGAUGCUUUUGUAUAUAGUGAACCUGAAAAUCAAGUUAUUUCAAGGUCUGGUGAUGAUUGUUGUGUUUCAUUAGAAGAUCAAUGGUAUAUUGAUUAUGGAGAAGAAGUUUGGUUAGGUCAAGCAUUAGAAUGUCUCAAGGAUAUGAAUACUUUUUCAAAAGAAACAAGAAAUGGAUUUGAAGGAGUAUUUGCAUGGAUGAAAAAUUGGGCAGUUACUAGAAAAUUUGGAUUAGGUACAAAAUUACCAUGGGAUGAUCAAUAUUUAGUUGAAUCAUUAUCUGAUUCAACUAUUUAUAUGGCUUAUUAUACAAUUGAUAGAUUUUUACAUUCUGAUUAUUAUGGUCAAAAACCAGGUAAAUUUAAUAUUAAACCAGAACAAUUAACUGAUGAAGUAUUUGAUUAUAUUUUCACACGUCGUAAUGAUGUUAAAACAGAUAUUCCAAUUGAACAAUUAAAAGAAAUGAGAAGAGAAUUUGAAUAUUUUUAUCCAUUAGAUGUUAGAGUUUCAGGUAAAGAUUUAAUCCCUAAUCAUUUAACUUUUUUCAUUUAUACUCAUGUUGCAAUUUUUCCUAAAAACUUUUGGCCAAAGGGAGUUAGAGCAAAUGGUCAUUUAUUAUUAAACAACGCAAAAAUGUCAAAAUCAACAGGUAAUUUUAUGACUUUAGAACAAAUUGUUGAAAAAUUUGGUGCUGAUGCUUCAAGAAUUGCAAUGGCUGAUGCAGGAGAUACUAUAGAAGAUGCAAAUUUUGAUGAAGCAAAUGCAAAUGCAGCAAUUUUAAGAUUAACUACAUUAAAAGAUUGGUGUGAAGAUGAAUUAAAAAAUGAAAGUAAUUUAAGAACUGGUGAAUAUGAUUCAUUUUUUGAUGAAGCUUUUGAAAAUGAAAUGAAUGAUUUAAUUGAAAAAUGUUAUCAACAAUAUUCUUUAAGUAAUUAUAAACAAGCUUUAAAAUAUGGUUUAUUUGAUUUUCAAAUUGCAAGAGAUUUUUAUAGAGAAUCUGUUAAUUCAUCAAUUAAAAUGCAUAAAGAUUUAGUUUUAAAAUAUAUUGAAUAUCAAGCAUUAAUGUUAGCACCUGUUGCUCCACAUUUUGCUGAAUAUUUAUACAAGGAAGUUAUAAAUAAAAAAGGGAGUGUUCAAACAGCUCAAUUUCCAAAACCUUCAAAACCAGUUUCAAAACCUGUAUUAGAUGCAUUAGAAUAUGUUAGAGAAAUUUCAAAAUCAAUUCGUGAAGUUGAAGGUUUAGGUUUAAAAAAGAGAAAAGGAAAAUCAGAUUUUGAAAAUGGAGAAUCAGUAAAAUUAAUAGUAUUAGUAUCAAAUACUUUCCCAGAAUGGCAAGAUAAUUAUAUUGAAUUAGUAAGAGAAUUAUUUGAAAAUCAACAAUUAUCAGAUAAUAAUUUAAUAAAACAAAAAGUUGGUAAAGAUAUGAAAAGAGCAAUGCCAUUUAUAAAUCAAUUAAAAUUUAGAUUAAAUUCAGAAGAUCCAAAUUUAAUUUUUAAUAGAAAAAUUACAUUUAAUGAAAUUGAAAUUUUACAAAAAGUUUUAACAUUAAUACAAAAUUCUACUUUUUCAGUUAAAAUUAAAGAAAUUGAAAUUAUAUCAUUUGAUAAUGGUAGUGAUCAAGGUAAAAAUAUUUUAACUGGUGAAGAUGUUAUAAUUGAUAUAAAAGGUAAAGUUAAAGAUAAUGCAGUACCUGGUGAACCAGGUAUCAUUUUAAGAAAAAUAUAA